AUGAUUAAGGAUCCAGAAUUAAGACCACAAAGACACAAGGACAAUCCCGUAGUUUUUUUAGAUAUUUGUUUAUCAGAUGAAACUAAUAAGAUUGGGAGACUAGUAAUAGAACUAUUUGAAGAUAUUGUACCUAAAACAAGUGAAAACUUUAGACAAUUUUGUACUGGAGAAUAUAAAAAAAACUUAAAAAGUGUGGGAUACAAAGGAUCCAUAAUACACAGAGUGAUUAAGGAUUUUGUAAUACAAGGUGGCGAUUUUGUAAAUGGGGAUGGUACUGGCAGUAUGUCAAUUUAUAAUUCAAGCUAUUUUAAUGACGAGAAUUUUGAAAUAAAACAUACAAAGCCUGGACUUCUUUCUAUGGCAAAUAAUGGUAGUCCAAAUACAAAUGGAUGCCAAUUUUUUAUUACUUGUAAUUCAUGCUCUUGGUUAGAUAACAAACAUGUGGUUUUUGGACAAUUAUUAGGACAUGAUUCUUUUGCAACUUUAAAAAAGAUUGAAAAUGCCACUGUUAUACCUCCAAAUAGUAAGCCUAAAAUACCUAUAAUUAUAUAUGAAUGUGGACAAUUAUAA